AACUGAAGGUAUGUGAACGAACAGGGCACGAGCCGUAAAAGCUCCUAGAACAUUAGAGAACUAACAGCUUGCAUCAGCUCGUUUUAUUUUGUGACAAUCCAUGAAAUGUUUUAGAAAUGCGCGUGAAUGUCGACACGUGUCCUAUAUUUUGAUGGUGCUGGAGUUCCCAAAUUUGCUUCAUGAUACAAAUUAAGAAUUGCCUGCGGAAAUAGAUCGUUCAAAUUUACAUCUCGCGAAAUAGUUCGUUCAUGAUUCAUUAAUGAUGUUUUGUAUUUUUCGUUUCAAUUGAAUUGCUACGAAACUUUUAUUACUUUUGAGUUGAACUUGCAAAUUGAAAGAAAGAUUAUUAGUGAAGGUGGCAAUCGCUGUUAAGUGUCAAUAUGCUGCCAACAUUAAAUACAUCAGCUGUGUUUUGGUUGGGGUUUGUCCAGGAGGAGAGCUCUUGGAUUUGACAGUCCAAAGAGUAUAUUGUGAGUCUGCAGUGAUGAAUGUUGUGAUGUAGAAUGUUUCAUAUGACAUAACUUGAAGGCGAAGAAAAUAAUGUUUUAUUUUAAAAAAGUGUUGAUGAGAAAUAUUACCGUUUCACUGCUUAGUAUUCUGGAGUUAUAUUUUAUUACAACUUUGCUCUCGAUGUGUGUCAGUUACGACGAUUGGGAUGUGAACCGUGAAUAAUCUGCAGUUGCGUGUAUAAUGCGAAGAUAAUAACAUGAAUAUUACAUUAAACGCCAAAAAAUGAAGAUAUGGGACCCCAACUAUUGCUUCCUGUAAAAUGAUAGGCGAUCCUGUUAUAUAACCUAAUUUUGAUAACUGCAUUUACCUAUCGUGCCAACAACCAAUCUUAUAUUAACGUAUUAACAUUAAAACUGGUAUUUUUAUAUGUUAUAAACUACUUUUGGCUAUAAAAAAAUUCUGUGAUGUUUAAAAAUGCAUAACAAGCAUACGCAAGAAAUGAAUGCAAGUCUUGCCCAAGAAUUCAGGAAAUUUAGUAGAAAUUGUCAUCAUCUAAAGCAGAUAUUACGUGAAACACAACACAUUUUAAGUGAAAUAAAUGAAACUAAUGUUUAUUGUGGAGAGAACUUCCAAGAUCAAGUUCUUAAUGCUAGAAUAGUAAAGAAGUUGGAAGGUAUUCUUGAUUGUGACCCUGCUUUGAUUGUAUUGGGCCAUAAUUUCCAAGCAAGAUCUGUGGUAAUAAAUUCACUUUUAAAUGAAACUCUCUUACCUUCUAGCUCUGAAUGUCAGCAAUGGAUACAGAUAAGUUAUGGUCUUGCAAACACUAUUACAACAUGUGAUGGUUUUGCUGGUAUUACUGACAAAAGUGUUGAUUCUCUGGGAGUCACAGUUUCAGAAAAAUAUUUUAAAAUUCCAAAUGCAUCAGAAGCUUCAUCUGAACAUCCAACAGUACUGGAAAUUCAACUUUCUCAUCCUUUACUAAGAGACAGAGUAAAAAUAAUUACACCUCCUGAUGGAACUUCAUUUAUUCCAUCAAAUUUUUAUAACAUUCUACAGUGUGAAUUAUCAAAAUUAUUGCCAAUAUUAAUUUUUGCUUUUGGUGAAGAAUUGUUGACAGAAGAAAAUAUUGAAGAGCUAAGAGAAUUAAAAGAACAUUGUCCAGACUUUCCAGUUAUUUUUAUCAGAACAUUAGGUUGUUGGCCUCCAAAAGAAUUGGAAAAGAACGACAAAGUGUUGAUGGAAAAUAUUCAAAAGGAUGUUCCUAAAUAUUUCUCUGGACAUGAAUUGUUUAGAGAUACGCUUUGUGAUAGAAGCAGCCCUAGAAAAUCAACUGACAGACAGUUGCUAGCUUUGUUUCAUCAGCUGACCAGUCUUGGCUAUUUGCCAUUACACAGUCCAAAGAAAGGGUCACCAGUAACACACACACAUUGUGAAGAACACUCGUGUAGGACUGAUUUUAUAGAAUCCUUGAGUAAACUUGAUUAUAUGAUUACAUUUAUAAGACGCUGUUUCCAGUCGUACUUGAUUGAAGCUGCGAAUAUUCUGAGCGAUGUUAUUAGUCAAUGUCUACAGCAGUUUAUAUUAUCUGCAUAUGACAUGGCUCGGGAAAUUCAAAUUACACCUUUGAGAAUCCAGUAUGCUCAAGAGAAAGAAGCAGAACUUUUCAGAAAUUUAAUUAUGACUGCAAGUCAAAAACAACAAGAAAUAAGAAAAUUGAUUGAAACCACUGUGACUGACAUGAGAAAUGAUUUAAUGGAGAAGGUACAUAAUUAUUCUUAUUCAGGAGUAACAGUCUCUGAUACAGCCAAAGUGAGAACUCGUGAAGAAGUGAGAGUAGCAACAUCAGAAAUUCAUAACUUAGUACUUAGUGAGCUUAGUUCUGCUGUAACUUCACAAUUAGUGAUGUCAGUGCAUUGCUUUCAAGAAAUUUACUUUGGUACUUUACAGAGGUGUUUGGAAAGUUUGGAAAGAAACUGUCAAAAUUAUGAUGGCAAUUUUCUUGCUAGUGUUGCUUUGAAACAAACUCUUAGUGCAGCCUAUAACUUGAAGCUGAAUGCAACGUCGUCAUCAAGUUUCUUACAUUCAUUUCUGGAUCGUUUGAGAAAGUUAUUGCAUUCCCUUCAGCUCCCAUGGACAUCGCCUCCAUGUCUUGAUGCUUCAUGGAGAAAACAUGUUGCAUCAGAAAUGCUAGAUUCUCUCAAUGCUUCUCAGUUAGCAAAGACAAUAACAACUCAAUUCCGAGAGAAAGUUAAAGCAUCUCAUGAAGCAUUUAGAUUAGCAAUUGUGUCUUUGGAAGAUCAUUAUUCUAGUUAUCUUGAAAGAACUGAAGAACAGAGAGUAGCCAUUCGUAAAUACCAUGCUCCAAAAUUAGCAAGGUUAGCAUUAGAAAGUAUGUCUGUUUGUGAUAUGAUACGUUAUGGACUUCCAAAAUUAGGGAAAGAGUUAGGUCGUGGUCAGUAUGGAGUAGUGUUUAUGUGUGAAUCAUGGGGUGGUGUUGGACCAUGUGCUGUUAAAUCUGUUGUUCCUCCAGAUGAUAAGCACUGGAAUGAUUUAGCAAUGGAAUUUUUUUGCACCAGACGAAUCCCUGAACAUCGACACAUUGUGCAAAUAAGAGGUUCUGUUGUGGACAUUACGUAUGGGGAAGGAGUUAUGCCCUCUGUUCUUUUGGUUAUGGAUAGAUUGUCUCGUGACUUGUACAGUGGAAUCCGUUCUGGUUUAACGUGGUUGGAGAGGUUGCAGAUUGCUAUCGAUGUUGCAGAAGGCCUUCGAUUUAUUCAUUCUCAAGGCUUGGUACAUCGUGACAUUAAGUUAAAAAACGUUUUGUUGGAUUCCAGCAAUAGAGCAAAAAUAACGGAUUUUGGAUUUUGCAUUCCUGAAGCAAUGAUGUCUGGGAGUAUUGUUGGAACACCUAUUCAUAUGGCUCCUGAAUUGCUGUCUGGACAUUACAAUAGUAGUGUAGAUGUAUAUGCUUUUGGUAUUUUGUUUUGGUACUUGUGUGCAGGACAUGUAAAGAUACCAUAUACUUUUGAAAGGUUUCAGAACAAGGAACAACUAUGGACAAGUGUUCGUCGUGGUAUUAGACCUGAAAGAUUACCCUCUUUUGAUGAUAAAUGUUGGGAAUUAAUGGAGCUGUGUUGGGCUACAGAACCUUUCAAAAGGCCUCUUUUGGGUUAUGUAUUACCUCAAUUAGAAGUGAUCCGAGAAGAUUAUAUAAAACUUGGUUUCAAAUAAAAAUUAGAAAUACGCGCUUCCUUGCAGAUCAAUAAGUGACCUUUAAUGACUUUUAUAGGAUUAUUGUUUACCCUUUCUAACUUUGACAUAAUUCUGUUCACACUUGACGAUCGGAAGCUAUAUCGGAAAGAUGCCUGACCUGAAAGCGGACAGAAGGCGGUGCAUAACGUGAGGGAAGAGGAUAGAGAAUAACCUACACGUCAAGGAACAAAACGUCGCAAUGACGGGGCAGUGAUAAUAACGUAGAUUCAUUCAGAAUCGGUCAGAAUGAUGGUGUAGGACGAAUGUAACAAGUAUUUUGAAGUUUAGGUGAAGACAUCGAAUUUCAACGUAUCGAGUCGCAAAGCCUACAAGAAACUCGAAAUGCUGAAGCUUUGUGUUGUGCUCUUCUGUUUUCUUUCUACUAAUGUGGGUGCAAGUCGCCUGUUGAGAAGGGCUGUUGAGCCUGCCCCUUCUGCGGUUAGUCCAGUAUUACAUUCAAAUAAUAAAGCAUUGGACAACACCACCUUAUCACCGAAUUCUACGUCAAAUGUAGAAAUUGCUGUUAGUAAUGGUUCAUUAAUAGUAGUAGUAAAUAAUACGGGCGAACCUACAGAAACAAAGACUGAAGAAAAACCAAAAAGUACAGAAAAUGGUCCUUUAAAUGGUUUGUUUUCUAGAACCCCAACAGGUGCAGCUCUCAGGGGAUUGUAUGUAUUUGUUGGCUUAAGUGCUGUUGUGAUGCUUUAUAUUGCUGUUAAACUUAUUAGGUUGAGAAGAAAAAAGAUGAGAAUUAGAAAGUAUGGACUCAUAGCAAAUGCUGAUGAUGUGGAAAUGACGCCUCUGGGAGCGGAUGAUGAUGAUGAGGAUACAACAUUAUUUGAUGCUCAUAAUCAUAUUGGACGUUGAUGAAGAAAUGAUCAGUGAUUUGGGAACUACACAAAGUGCUUCAAAUAUGCUGUUUCUGUGAGCUAUAUAUUGUAUUAAUAUUUUGACUAACAAGCAAGUUGGACAAUUCUUCCAGAAAGUAAAAUCUAUUUUUGUACUAUCAAGACAUUUGGUAAAGAUACUAUUUAUAUUGUUUUCAUAAAUUUGUAGAAUCUUUAUUGCAUUUCAACCUUGUGUAUUUAUUAAGUUUCUUUGUUAUGCAUUUGUGAGAAGAGUAAAGCAGUAUUCAACAGUGGCCUGAUUCUUUUUUUAAAAAUAUUGUAUAUCUUCUAUUGUUACUGACAAAGGUAAUGUUAUUGUUUUCAUAAUCAAAAUGCCUAAAGAGAUGUUGAUACACUGAUUGCGGUGAGUCAUUUUAGGAUCAGGUGACUCUGUUGCCUAAAUUCUUGUGCGCUUAUCUGUUGGCCUUACUUUAACAUAUUUAUGUGCCUCAGCUUUUUCAAUGUAUAAUAGAGAAGACAUCACAUUAUUAAAACUGCUGCUGGGUAACAUUCAUUGAUGUAUUAAUAUCAGCAUCAUUUAUCUAAUGCAUUUAUAGUUAUAUUUUUGUUACUGUUCUGAAUGAUUUAUAUUUAUUUUUUAGCUUUGCAAUGUGAAUAACAUAAGUAUUGCAAUUUAUUUAUUUCCAUUUCUUUGGUUACUAGGACUGACCGUUAAGAGUAAGAAACAGGCAAAGUUGGUUUUCAUGAAUGAAUUGAUUUGGGCUGUGAAUAUUCCUGUAAAGGAAGUGUUUCUUAACUUUGCCUAAUGCCAGUGUAUGUCAGUGAUAUUACAGUGAUAAUAUAUGUAAAAGUAUGUGAUUGCUUUUUAAUUGGUGUUUAAAUAAGAAUGACAAGUUAAACAUGUAAAACCUCCUGUUCAGACUACGUUUUGUAUUCUUUCUGAUCAGAAAAAUAUUAUCUUUUUCUGUAUUCAAAUUUUCAAUAAAAUAGUGUUUUCUAUAAUUUAGUGUUGUUUUUUUUUCUCUCUCUUUAUUUAGUAACACAAAAUUAUUCUAAUAUCUGUUAUUU